CAAAAGACGAGUCAAUAGUUACAAUCUUCUUCGACACACCAUCCUCGUCCUCCUCCUCGUUCAGCUAUUUCCUUCCUGCUAUCUCCGUUCUCACAGGUUUUCUACCCAAAGGUGAUCACUAGAAACCAUGGCCGCCAGAUCUUCAUUGAAGGAAGAUGACUUGGUAGUCGAUGAUGCUCUCGGAUGUCCCAAAUUAUAUGCAAAGCUCUGCCAAGACCCCCUUCUCACUCCUUACAAUCAUGGCCCUCCCUUCACUUUCAUUCCGUAUAAAUUUCAGCCUCAAGAGGAUUCGAGAGCGAGGGAGUUAGAUCAGAUGUUCCCAAUAAUUGACCCUGAAGCUAAACCUUCCACGAAGCCUAGAAUUUAUGCCAGCCUCCUCUGGAAGCAACUCAAUCACCUUGGGAAUGCUGGCUUUGAUCCCGAAAAAUUUCGAGUAGACCCUUAUGGCAACGUUCUGUAUUAUCAUUCAGAUUCAGCUUCUCCCCUUUCUUGGGAAAUCGAUCAUUGGUUUCCUUGCUCAAGAGGAGGACGGACUGUUCCUAGCAAUCUGAGGAUAUUACAAUGGCAAGUAUGUAAGAAGAAGCACGAUAAGUUGGAAUUUCUCGUUCCCUGGUGGGAUCUUCAGUUGGGCAUCUCUGUAAACCAGUUUCUUAACAUAUUUGCUUCUUCCAAUUCUGAUUUCAGGUAUAGAGCAUUUUCGUUUUUAUUCUCUGAGGGCGAGAGUGAAGAGUUAAAUGAUUCACAGACUGCACAGUCACAUACUUUUCCCAAACAUUUCGUUGAGUCGAAACGGAAAAUUGGCCUUGCACCAGCUGCCAUAAUUUUAUCUAGGGGAGAAUAUUCUGAUGGGUCAUCAACAUUAAGAUCUAUCGAUAUCAAUAGACGAAUCUGGCCAAGCUCCCCUGCAACUGCUUCCAGGAAAUUCUUGGUUGACAAAAAUCAAUCAUGCUGCCACUCAAUUCAGAGAUUUAGGCCUGGUAUAUCAAAGGAAAAUGAGAAUCCUGACAUGGCUACUAAUCCAUAUCUGGCCAUUGUCAUGGCCAGAGACUCCUUUAAGCAGAAGGAAGAGGCAGAGAAGAUGCAAGCAGAGAUUCGAAAAUUGGAUGAAGAACUGGGUGAAAUGAAGCAGAAGAAUGAAGUGGAGAGUGUUUCCCUUCAAGAAUUGGAGUUGGUGCUAAUAAAACGUAGGAGAAGGGCUGAGAAGUGUAGGCGGCUCGCAGAAGAACAAUCAUCAUACAGAGCUGUGCUAGAGAAGAUGAUUCGAGAUGCCAUGCACCAAAGUGUUAUUUAUAAGGAACAAAUUAGAUUGAACCAGGCUGCAACCACUUCUCUGAUGGCAAGACUAGAAGCACAGAAGGCAAAAUGUGAUUACUCUGAGAAAGAACUCCACAUAAAAUUCAACCAAAGAAACGAUGUUGAGAAACAGAUCAGGCCUCAAUGGGAGCAAGCUAGGAAGAGAUCGAGGAUAGAUGAUACACUUUCUGAUGAAAGAGAAGAUAAAACUCUUCUUUACUUACCAGGUAUCAGGCCAAGGAAGCAUUCACAUAAGGAAUUGAGAAUGUUCCUGCAGGAAGAACAGAAGACAUCUGAAGUGGGGUCUUCCUCAUGGAGCCCACUUAAUGAGAAGAGAAAGGAUAAGGUUGAGGAAAAAAAUGAACCCAUCAAAGGUAUUGGCAGAGAGAAGGCUGAGGACCCAAAUAUACCCAUCACUUCCAUGGAGGAUGACAUACCAAUUGAGGAAAAGCUUGGAAAAUUAGAGAUUGAAGAAGAAAGAAAGGAGGACAUGUGGAUUCCUGUUCUUCGUAGCCCUGAAAGAGAGGAGGAUGAAGAAUGCAGAAAGCAACGUGGAAAGGGGAAUGUGGAGAAGUGGCUAAAAAUGCUGUUAGACAAAAACCAGGAAGGACCGACCGCGAACUCACCUCCUCCAACUGUUGAUGAACAUAGUACAAGAAAGAUUGAGGAAUCUCCAAUUGAAGAUGAACAUAGUUCAAGCAAGACUGAGGAAAUGAUAAGAAAGUUGAACCUCACAAACCCACAGAAAUAUGUAAAGAUUUUGCAGUUUCCAGCAUUAGAAAACGAGGCAGGUCUCAAACCAGUCCAGGAAGAUGUUGCUGUGCGAAAUAUCCAUCAGAGAGAUGAUGGAAAGGGAAAAGAACAGAUUGAUGAGAAGAAAAUUGGUGAAAACAUGUGUGAGAAAACCAAUGCAAGAGAAGUGAGUAAUGUAGGUAAAGGCAUUGGGAGUAGCAUGAGCUUUGAAAGUAAAGAAACAAGAGAGAAUAGCGGUAAGGAGAGGGGGCUUAUGAGGAGUGAGAGUGCCAGAACAUUUAGGCCAAUCCCAUCUUCUCCCUCUGUGAUAUUGGGAAUUAGAAAAGGAGUUGAUUAUUGCAUUCGAAAGAAGCCCAUGGUGAUUGGGUCUGAUGAAGAUAGAGAUGAGAAUCCUGUGGUGAGAAACAAUUUCAUCAAGUCAUCCAUCAAAACAUUCAAGAAAGCAGUGAAGAUAUGAAAGUAUUUGUUGCUUUCAAUUAAUCAAGCAAUGAAUAUGAGAAGUGAUUUUACAUUGUGUGCCAGCAAGUUACUAAUUGAUUUAGGAUGCUAAAUAAUAAUUUCUUUAGUUAAAUAACUGUUUGUAAACAUAGAUGUUCUUUUUGUAUCUGUAAAUAAAGAUUGGUGUCCAUGAACUCUAUGAGA